AUGACAGUGCAGAUCCACACUGUAUAUAAAGCUAUGAUGUGGCUGCUCUCAGCAGAGUACCAGUUGGAGUCAGAGGUUCGGAGUCAGUGUGAACAGCUGAGAGCCGUUGGAGCGGCACAGCAGCAGGACCACGUUCCCCAGUGCUCAGAGGAUGGUCGCUACAGACAUGUGCAGUGUAAUCGUCUUGGAGAGUGUUGGUGUGUUAAUGGAGAUGGAAGUGAAAUUCCUGGGAGUCGACAGAACUCAUCCGUGGUGCAUUGUCUGACUUCAUGCCAGCUACAGAGACAGAGUGCAUUGCUGAACAAAGACACUGUCCUGACACCUCAGUGCACAAAAUCUGGUGAGUACCAGCCUGUUCAGUGCGAUGGCGCUCUUGGCCAGUGCUGGUGUGUGGACCUGGAGGGCAUGGAGAUCUAUGGCACUCGGCAGAAUGGCAGGCCAUCACAGUGCCCAGGUGUGUGCCAGGUGAGGGAGCGUCGUAUUAUUCAUGGUGUUGGAGAGCCAUCUCCUCCACAGUGCUCGGAUGAUGGGUCUUUCCUUCCUGUGCAGUGCAAGUUGAUUAACACCACCACCAUGAUGGUUUUUGAUCUGUUACAUACCUUCAACAGAUUUCCAGAGAUCUUCCAGACAUUUAGUGGUUUUAGAAAGGCUUUCCCUGAACUGUCAAGCUACUGUUACUGCGUUGACACUCGAGGAAGAGAACUUCCCAGCUCUGGACUUGAGCUGCUCUUGAGUGAUGUAUAUGAUACAGCUUUCUCAGGCCAGGAUGUAGGACGCUCCUUCUCUCAAUCAAACAUCUAUCGAGUCCUACAGAGGAGAUACCUUGCUGUCCAGCUGGCCUUGACCGGGCACUUUAGAUGUCCAACCCCCUGUGAGACUGAGCGCUCUUCAAGCUUGCAGGCUGCUAAUGUCUUUGUGCCUUCAUGUGAUGCUCGUGGAAACUACUUACCAACCCAAUGCCAGACUAAUGGGCAGUGCUGGUGUGUGGACUCAGAUGGCAAAGAGAUCUUUGGGACUCGACAGCAUGGACUUUCCAACUGUCGCGCAGGAGCAAAAGACUGCCUCUCUGAAAGGAGACAAGCACUCUCCAGGCUUUUUUAUGGUCCAUCUGAAUUCCUCAGCCAGAAUAAUGUAUUUUCAGCCUUUCUGGCCAACACACAGAAAACCUUCUCUCCACUUUUGCCAUGCAGCCUAGAAUUCCAAGAGCUUCUGGCCAAAUCAGGUCUAUCCAGAUCUUUGCCAGAGUCAGAGCAGUUGGAUGUUGGGGACAUCCUGGCUGAGAUUAUCCAUGGAUUGUUCCCCACAGGAGCUCUUGCAUUAAAGGCCCUGACCCUCACUACUAACCCUAAGAGACUCCAGGAGAACCUUUUUGGGGGCAAGAUCUUGAAGAAUGCAGGCAGUUUUAACUUUACUGGUACUGUUGGUGCUAGAGGGACUUUGAGAUUUAGUCAGAUUUUUAGUCAGGUUGGUUUGAUCCAAAAUGGUGAGGACCUUCUGCAGCUAGCCAUGUUCUUUUCAGAUGACUCUGAACGAUUAAACCUCGAUCAAGAAAUCUCAGAUUCUUAUGGACGCUCCGUAAACCUUAAGCGCAACAGAGACUUGAUCAAGCUUAUUGGGACCGUCCUAGAAAAUGACCAAUUCUUUAUUACACUACAACAGACAAUUACCUUGCUCAAAGCAGAAGAUAACACCCAGCUAGAACCAAUUUUCCGGGCAGUGUUUCAAAAUGACAUUUGCAAUUCAGCUGCUACCCCUACAUCUCUGUAUGUGCCCCAGUGCACUGAAGAUGGCCAGUAUCAAGAGAUUCAGUGCCAGGGCUCUGAAUGCUGGUGUGUUGAUGCUAAUGGACUGGAGGUUAUGGAGUCACGGUCUACUGGUUCCAGACCGAGAUGCCCAUCCAAGUGUGAAAAGGAGCGCAGGAUGGCCAUAGGAGUAAAAUCCAGCCGGUCAGCAGGCUCUGAGGUGUUCAUUCCUAAAUGUGAACAAGACGGAGAAUACGUGCCAUUGCAGUGCCUUGGAAAGAGCUGCUUUUGCAUGGACCACACUGGAGCUAGACACAACACAUUGAGCUCUGGCAUCUCUCUGCAGUGUCCAACGGAUUGCCAGGUUACUGCAGCCCAGUAUUUUCUAAACACAGUCACUUCCAUUCUGUCCAGUCCUGCUUCAGUAUCAGAUAUAUCUGAUGUCUACAUCCCUCGCUGUACUCCGGAUGGCAGCUGGCACCAGAUCCAGUGUGAUGGCCCUCCCGAACAAGUCUUUAUGUUCCAUCACGAGUGGAGCCAAGUCAACAAUGCUGGGAAGCAGAUGCCUGUAUCUGAACUCAUUCAAAUUCUGCAAGAAUACAAAAGAAAUUCAGAAGCAAUGAAAUCAUUUGGGGGCUUCAUCCUUGCAUUAUUUCAGGCAAGACAUCAGAAAGUGUUUCCUUCUUUGGCCAGGUUUGACACAUUUUCAGAAGUUCCAUCUGAAGUCCUAGAAGGCAAUGCUGAAAAUGUUUUUGGACCAUCUGUUUUCCUGAACCCACUGUCCCUAUGGAGACUUCUCAGAGGGGACACCAACCAGUAUCCAGGUCCACUGUCAGAUUUCAGCGCUCCUCUAGGUCACUUUGACUUGCGCCAUUGCUGGUGUGGUGACCAGAAUGGAGCCAUGAUACUUGGCUCCAAGGCUCCAGUCAACCAAAUCCCAAAAUGUCCAGGGCCAUGCUCUCUGUCAUGGGAUCAGAGCAAUAGCUUCUUGGCAGAUGCAGAGAGACUGAUCUCUCUAUCCAAUAGCUCUCAUAUACCUGUGGGUUAUAGCUUCCUCCUGGCAAAGAGUGUAAAUCUGAGUUAUGAUGAGCUGCAGCAGGGAGCCAGUCAUGGCUUUCAGAUUUCAGACACUCUCUUAAGUAAUACAAACUCUGCCCUGCACCUUGCAGCAUACUCUACCCUUCAGUUUUACUGGCAGAGCAUCCAAUUGGCCAGUGGAAAAGACAGUCAAAGUCUGCAGUUUGGGUACCAGCCAUAUAGCCCACAGUGUGAUGCAUUUGGCCAGUGGCUGCCUAGUCAAUGUCAUCCAAGCACUGGUCAAUGUUGGUGUGUGGAUGAUGAUGGAGGUUACAUUAUUGGAUCUCUUACUAGUCGGUCCAUACAGCCCCCACAGUGCCAAAGUACAUGCCAGAGAGCACAAGCUCAGUUCAGUAUGUCUGUCUGGAGUAAGGCAUCCUCCAACAUGUCUGUUUCCUACAGCCCAUCUUGUGAGGAGGAUGGUGAUUUUUCUGUGCUCCAGAAGUAUGACCCCAGCAGCAGUGUUGCCUUAUGUGUCAGUCCUGCUACUGGAGAGGCCAUUCAACAGGCCACACUUAGCCCUACAGGAGAGCUACAGUGCCCCAGUUGGUGUUCUCUUCAGAGGAAGCUGUCAUCUGAACGUGAGACAGGUAUUGGCUAUAAACCAGAGUGUGUGGAAGAUGAUAAGAUGUUCACCCCUCAGCAGUGCGAUGAGGAUUAUUGCUGGUGUGUUUCUGAAAGUGGCCGGGAGAUCCCCUUCACGCGCAGUCCUCGCUUAGUGAAAACACCUUCUUGCGACACUCCUCAGUGCCCUCUUAUCUUCAGGGUCUCUAUAUCCCAUGGAGCUAUUCUCUGUGGUAAUGACAGUGUGGCUGAGAAACAGAGGCAGCGCUGUGAAGUUUUCUGUGACCAAGGUUAUAUAAAUGCCCUCCCUGCCAAAACAUUCUUGUGUGAUCCUGUAACCAAGUCCUGGUUAUAUGAAGCUCCUCUGGCCUACUCUUGCCAAAGAGCUCAGCCUCUGCAGACUGUAGAGGUAUCCACAGUGUUGCAGUUGUCUCUGGCAGAGGAUCAGCAAAGCUGCAGUGUUCAGAGUUCUCUGCUGCAAGCAUCCCUUCUGUUUAACAUGAGAGCAGCAGGACUCUGCAGCUUACAGUUAUCUUCCAAUCUAUACAUCUCAAUUUGUGACGAGUCAUCUGUCUCCUUGGAGUGUUUGAGCCCGCAAAACCUCACUGCUUACAUCACUUUUAAAGCUCGCAUCUCUGAUCUGCCAGUCAGCAUCCUGCCUGAUCUCCAUGACAUUGACUCUGUGCUCAGCAGUCAGAUGGAUGGAUUUAUGGCAUUGAUCAGAGAUAAGUCAUACCAGUCACUCUUCAUCUUGGAGCAUACUACAGCCAUCUCCUCGCCUGCCACAUUCAGCUGCUCUGCAGGCUUUCAGCUGCUCCCAGACUCUGGGUGUGUGGUAUGUCCUGUUGGUUCGUUCUCCAGUGGAGGUCGAUGUAUUGCAUGUCCACAGGGCUCAUAUCAGCCCGAAGAAGGAAAGGACCUAUGCAUUUCCUGUACUUUAGGAACCACCACAGCAACACUGGGAGCCUUUAGCCCCUCACAUUGUGUUUCAGAAUGUCAGCAGAGUAAGCUUAACUGUACUGAAAAGGGGGACUUCCUUCCAGCCCAAAAGGAUUUCAUGUCUGGCAAGUGGCUUUGUGUCACUGUAGAAGGGAAGGAACUGUCCUGGACAUCGGCAGAUGAGCCAAUCAGUGCAGAGCAAUGCAAAGUUUUGGAGAAAUUCAAGGUUGUUACAAUAUCAUCGCUGUUGCUCGAUUCUGUGGAUGCUGUGGUGCUGCAAUCUAUUCCGUCCUCACAGCCACUGGAAACUCAGAUUAGAAAAUGUGUGCUUGACUGUGCUAAAGAUGACUCGUGCCAGUACAUUGCUGUUUACGACGAAGGAACUCAAACCUACUGUGACCUCUACAGCACACACACAACUAAUGUUGAAUGCAAGAUCUCUCAGGAAAGAAAAGGCUUUCUGGGAAAUGAAGCAUCUGAUACAUUCCAAGCCCUGAGCUGCAUGUUGAAAGUCAAAGUUGGGGAGAAUCCCAAUCUCAUAGUGCUUAGAAAGAAAGGAUAUAGAUUCAGCACCACCGGAAGGAAGAGCUUUAAGAGACUGGGUUUUCACAAAGUGAAUUCUGGAGUAUAUCAUACUCUUGUAUUUGAUGCACCUAGAGCAUCUCUAGAUGAUGUGCACUACUUCUGUGCAAAGACUUGCAGUGAGGAGAGCUGCUGUGAUGGCUUCGUUCUUAACCAAAAUGUUCUCAGUGGAGGAUCUGUGAUGUGCGGUCUGCUGAGUUUUCCUGGUGUGCUGCAGUGCUAUGAUGAAGACUGGGACAUAAGCAGCAUAGCUUCAGCUAGCCGAACCUGUGGGGCUGGACUCCAAUAUAACAAACAGCAGAAGCGGUUUACUUUUGAAUUUGGUGGACAGAAUUUCAUAAUAACUGAUUCAGCUUUGCCAGCAUCAAGCAAAAACAAAACUGAUUACCAAGCCAGUAUCAUCAGCUUUCAGCGGGUCUACCUCUGGACAGAGUCAGAUAUGAGCACAAGACCAAAGACUGAUGGAGCCUGUGGAGGAUCAGCACUUCUAGAGGUUUUUAGUCCCACUCUGUCUGACUCAGUGAAGGAGAGUUUUGAGGUGCUUAAUACCAAUGAAAUUAAGACUGACUCGAUGAAAGAAACACCAAGCCAAAGGUACUGGGUCUUUAAACACCAGUACACUGCUGAAGAGGCUCAGCUCUGGUGUCUUAAACGCUGUAUGGAGGAGGAGUUUUGUCAUGUAACAGAUCUGCGAGAUGAAGACACUGUGUAUUUUACAUGCCUGCUGUAUCCUGACACAAGAGUCUGUGGAGCUUAUGAUAAACCUCUGAGGCAGGCCUGCAGUCUGAUAUUGCCACAGGACCCUCAGACUGCCUACCAAAAGAAUGUCAAUCUAACUGGCAGUGUGAAAAGCUUCUACAGCCGUGUGCCUUUUAGAAAGAUGGUGUCUUAUUCUGUCCGUUACCGUGUUGAGAUGAUCAACAAGUCCAUCACUGAAGGGUUUUUUGAAUGUGAGAGGCGUUGUGAUGAGGAUCCUUGCUGUAGAGGAAUCGGUUAUGUUCAAGACACUGGAGCAUCUGGUAUAAAUGCUCAGUGUCUGACUUUGAAUAGUUUGGGGAUUCAGACAUGUGGGGAAAAUGGAAGAACUAAAUGGAGAGUGCAGGAUUGCUCUCCAUCUAAAGUAAAGACUGAGGUCCACCCUUUUGGUUGGUAUGAGAAGCCAGUCAAUCAGUGGACAGAAAGUCCUGGGAUUUGUCCUUCCUUUAAACUUCGCUCUCCCUCAAAAGUCGUUAAUUUGAAAAACUGGAGACUGCUGGAUGACUUGAAUGUUGUGGUAGACCCGUCGAUGUCUGCAUUCGACAUCAUUCAUUUUAGCAGAGAUAUUGCUGAUGACCUGGAGAAAGUCCGUGACUGGUGUCUGGCUGCAUGUGAGGAAAAAGAAUCCUGUUCAGCUGUGUCUUUGGCCAGUAAAGAGUCAGCAGUGAGGUGUGUGAUGUACCCAGACACUCAUACCUGCCUACCAGCCUCCAGUGGUCAGCACUGUGUCCUCCUCACUAAGGAACCUGCCCAGUAUGUAUACUUAAGAACUGGUGAGCAACAGUUAACCUCGGUGUCUAUCCCUGGCCAUGGAACACUCCUUGGUAAAAAUGAGAUCAAGUUAAUUGGCACUGACAGCAAGAGCGUGACUUAUUUCCUGGGUGUUCCUUAUGCGAGUCCACCAACUGGUGAAAUGCGUUUCACGCCACCAAAGCCAGCUGAUUGGACAGUCACCUGGAAUGCCACAUUUGCUCGGCCCACUUGCCUUCAGCCUGGUGACACUGAUAAAUCCAGCUCCAGUGAGGACUGCCUGUACCUCAAUGUAUUUGUACCCAGCAGUGUGAAGCAGCCAGCUCCAGUCCUAGUGUUCUUCCAUAAUGAUGGCUCCACUUUCCUAGAUGGCUCUUAUCUUGCUGCUGUAGGAAACAUCAUCGUUGUGACGGCAAACUUUAGAGUGGCUGCUUUCGGAUUCCUUACCACAGGUUCCAGUAGUCUUCCUGAGAACUACGGGCUGCAGGACCAGGCAGCGGUACUAAGAUGGGUACAGGCGAACAUUGCACUCUUUGGAGGAAACCCCUCUAGAGUGACAGUGGGAGCAGAUAGGAACGGUGCAGACAUUGCCAGCCUUCAUCUGUCUUCAUCAUUAUCCUCAUCUCUGUUCCACCAGGCUUUGCUUAUGGGUGGCUCAGCAUUUUCCCCAGCUACAGUUAUGAGCAAGCAGAAAGCUCAGGAGCAGGCUGUAUCUCUGGGUUUCGAGCUUGAUUGCUUGUCAUUAGAUCCUGCACAACUACUGAUCUGCUUGAGACAAAAAUCUGCUGAGAGCAUCAACGCAGCACAGACCAAGUUAUUGGCAGUGAGUGGACCCUUGCAGGCCUGGUCUCCAGUGGUGGAUGGUGUGGUGGUUAGAGAACAGCCAUCAGCAGCCCUGAGCUCUGGACGCUUCCAUAGAGUGCCACUAAUGCUGGGCUCUUCUGCAGAGGAUGGUCUGAUCAGCCGAGCUAAAAACAUCAAGAACUUUGAGCAGCUUCAGGGAAGAGCAGACAGUAAAACUGCUUUCUAUGAAGCAUUGUCCAAUUCUCUGGGAGGAGAUGAAGCCAACGAGUUUGUGAAAGAAGCAGCUACUUGGUUCUAUUCUCUGCAACACUUUCCAACUCCCUCUGGCUACAGUGUCUUCUCCCGUGCUCUGGAGAAUGCGACAAGAGACUUAUUCAUCACCUGCCCUUCUGUUGAGAUGGCCAACUUCUGGGCCUCCAGCACUCGCUCUGCAGUUUACAUGUACCACCUGCCCCAAGACAUGUCACACACAAGUGCUGAUGUUUCAUCUCCCCUGGAUGUGCAGUAUGUGUUUGGAUUGCCACAUGUUCCAGAAACACGAGAACUCUUCACUUCGACAGAGAGAACUCUUUCACUGCAGAUCAUGAGCUACAUGGCUAACUUUAUUAAAUCUGGAAACCCCAACGUUCCUCUCUCCGUGUCUGGAGUAUCUUUCAGUGAGCUUAUGCCUCCCUGGCCACAGUUCCUGCCCCACCCGAAUGGACAGAACUAUAAGGAGCUGUCUCCAACCCUUAGUAACCACAAGAGCCUUCAGGCACUCCAGUGCUCUUUCUGGUCCCAAUACGUGCCAGUUCUGAGCUCCUCUACAGGAAAACUCUUGUCCAAGAAUUUGGAUGGAAUGAAUAAACCAUCUGAAGCUCCAAAGCCAGAGCCUUUUUCAGAUUUUAGCUCUUUGGUGAAUCAAACCAAACCCAAGUCUGAGAAGGAUGCUUAUAGUUGAACUGUCUAAAAUUUGAUUUGCAAAUUUGGUUCAAGACUAUUUCAUUUUUAACCACAAUCAUAUUUUUUUCUGGAGUUCUGUGUAUAUUUGAGUGAUGUCAUGGUGUUCCA